AAUGACAGACAUGACAUUUCAAUUUCAGUUCAUGAUCGUGGUUGAUUUCGUUACAACAAAAUUGGGUUUUCAUUAAUAAAGUGGCCAGAAAAAAUUACAAAAAUGGCACCAGUUGAACAAGAUGUUGAAAUGAAAAAUGUGGAAAGCCCAGCUGCCGCUAGCGAUGUGGAAACAGGCGAGGUGAAGAAAGACGCUGAUGUGCUAAGCGUCCAGGAUUUGAGGGAACAUGUAAGACAAAUUGACAAAGCGGUGACUUCAAAGGAACCGAGGUUUGCAAUGAGAGUACUGAGAUCUCUUCCCAGUACUCGAAGGAAAUUGAAUGGCAACGUUUUACGUGCUAUUAUAAAUCAAUUGUAUCCAUCUAGCCCUGACAAAGAAGGAUUGCUCUCGUUUGUUGAAAGUCCAUUGCCUGGAGCUGUAGAGAUUGAACCCCCUCGAUCUAGAAGUGCUCCGAAGACACCUGCUCCAGAAGUUGAUGUUUACAUUCAUUUGUUGGUGCUGCUACGACUUCUCGACACAAAUAGACUUGAAGAUGCAACUGAAUGUUCUCAGCAGCUAAUGAAUAAAAUAACAUCCCAGAAUCGGCGAACACUUGAUUUAAUUGCAGCCAAGUGUUAUUUUUAUCAUUCAAGAGUAUUUGAGCUCACUAACAAGCUAGAUCUUAUCAGAGGUUUACUACAUGCUCGUCUGCGCACAUCCACACUACGAAAUGAUUAUGAAGGGCAAGCAGUGCUCAUAAACUGCCUCUUACGGAACUACUUGCAUUACUCUCUAUAUGAUCAGGCUGAUAAAUUGGUGAGCAAGUCUGUUUUCCCUGAAAAUGCAAGUAAUAAUGAAUGGGCAAGAUUUUUGUAUUACUUGGGUAGGAUAAAAGCAGCUCGUUUAGAAUACAGUGAUGCACACAAGCAUUUAGUGCAGGCACUAAGGAAGGCACCCCAGACUGCUGCAGUUGGAUUCCGCCAGACUGUGCAAAAAUUGGCUAUUGUUGUGGAGUUACUUUUGGGAGAUAUACCUGAAAGAGUUAUAUUCCGUCAAGCACCAUUGAGGAAAGCUUUAGCUCCAUAUUUCCAACUUACUCAAGCUGUUAGGCUGGGAAAUUUACAAAGGUUUGGUGAAGUACUUGAGAACUAUGGUCCUCAGUUUCGCAAUGAUCAUACCUUCACUCUGAUUCUCCGACUCAGACAAAAUGUCAUCAAGACAGCUAUUCGUUCUAUUGGCCUAUCUUAUUCCCGUAUCUCACCCAAGGACAUUGCUAGAAAGCUUGGUUUAGACUCUGCAGAAGAUGCUGAAUUCAUUGUAGCUAAAGCAAUUAGAGAUGGUGUUAUUGAGGCUACCCUAGACCCAGAAAAGGGAUACAUGAGUAACAAGGAAAGCUCUGAUAUUUACUGCACCCGAGAGCCUCAGUUGGCAUUCCAUCAGCGUAUAUCUUUCUGUUUGGAUCUCCAUAAUCAGAGUGUGAAGGCUAUGAGAUACCCACCUAAGUCUUACGGUAAAGAGUUGGAGAGUGCAGAGGAACGCCGUGAAAGAGAACAACAGGACUUGGAACUUGCUAAGGAAAUGGCAGAGGAGGAUGAUGAUGGUUUCCCAUAAAUAUUUGUAUGCUUUAUUAUUAUUCAAUGUUUGUGUAUUAGUGUUUGAAAAUACUUACAUUAUACUUAAAAUAAAUUACUAUAUAACAUGUAA